UGAGUAUUUCCUGCGGCCCGUGAACGCAGCACGAAUCCUGCUCUGGAGGAGAGGGAGUUCGAACGGGUCCCGGUCGAUCCGAUCUGACCGAGGAGGAAGAACCACGGGCUGAAGAACCACGAGCUGAAGAACCACGGGCUGAAGAACCACGGGCUGAAGAACCACGAGCUGAAGAACCACAGGCUGAAGAACCACGAGCUGAAGAACCACAGGCUGAAGAACCACGAGCUGAAGAACCACAGGCUGAAGAACCACGGGCUGAAGAACCACAGGCUGAAGAACCACGGGCUGAAGAACCACGGGCUGAAGAACCACGGGCUCCAGGGCCGCGAGGGUUUGGAAAGAACUUUUCCAGAGGAGGUUGUUUCUCCAGAGGAGGUUGUUUCUCUAGAGGAGGUUGUUUCUCCAGAGGAGGUUGUUUCUCCAGAGGAGGUUGUUUCUCCAGAGGAGGUUGUUUCUCUAGAGGAGGUUGUUUCUCCAGAGGAGGUUGUUUCUCUAGAGGAAGUUGUUUCUCCAGAGGAAGUUGUUUCUCCAGAGGAGGUUGUUUCUCAAGAGGAAGUUGUUUCUCCAGAGGAGGUUGUUUCUCCAGAGGAGGUUGUUUCUCCAGAGGAGGUUGUUUCUCUAGAGGAAGUUGUUUCUCUAGAGGAAGUUGUUUCUCCAGAGGAGGUUGUUUCUCUAGAGGAGGUUGUUUCUCUAGAGGAAGUUGUUUCUCUAGAGGAAGUUGUUUCUCUAGAGGAGGUUGUUUCUCCAGAGGAGGUUGUUUCUCUAGAGGAAGUUGUUUCUCUAGAGGAGGUUGUUUCUCUAGAGGAGGUUGUUUCUCCAGAGGAGGUUGUUUCUCUAGAGGAAGUUGUUUCUCCAGAGGAGGUUGUUUCUCUAGAGGAGGUUGUUUCUCUAGAGGAGGUUGCUUCUCUAGAGGAGGUUGUUUCUCCAGAGGAGGUUGUUUCUCUAGAGGAAGUUGUUUCUCUAGAGGAAGUUGUUUCUCCAGAGGAGGUUGUUUCUCUAGAGGAAGUUGUUUCUCCAGAGGAAGUUGUUUCUCUAGAGGAGGUUGUUUCUCCAGAGGAGGUUGUUUCUCUAGAGGAAGUUGUUUCUCUAGAGGAGGUUGUUUCUCCAGAGGAGGUUGUUUCUCUAGAGGAAGUUGUUUCUCUAGAGGAGGUUGUUUCUCCAGAGGAGGUUGUUUCUCCAGAGGAGGUUGUUUCUCUAGAGGAAGUUGUUUCUCUAGAGGAGGUUGUUUCUCUAGAGGAGGUUGUUUCUCCAGAGGAGGUUGUUUCUCCAGAGGAAGUUGUUUGGGGGAGAAGUGUUCUGAGGUGGAAGUCAGAGUCGAGAUGUCCGAGGCGGAGACGACUGAAAACAUUCCUGAUGAGUCUGCAGGAAAUGGAAAGGAAAUCCCCAACGGAGGAAACCCUGCGAAGACCAAAGAGGAUUUCGACCUGGCGUCUGUCUACGUGUCGGACGCUCAGUACAACAGAAACAUCUUCUUCGACACGUCGCCUCAGGCUGUCAGACUGUAUCUGCUCUACAACCACUGGACCCCUAAGGUUCUCCUCUACUUCUUCAUCCUGGUCGAUCUGUCUCUGGCCGUCUUCGAGGAGCCCGCCGUCCUCCCUCUGCCCACGUGGGCCACCGUGCUGGUGGAGCUGCUCUGCGUGCUGGUCUUCACCCUGCGACUGGUCCACUACGCCAAGGUGAUUCCUCGAGACAAGUUCUGGAGAGACGCCAAGAACAUCUGCAUCAUCGUCGUCCUCAUGCUCACUCUGCUCGACAUGAUCAUCUACGGAGCGCUGAAGGCUGCGGACUGUUACGCCCUCCGCUGGUCCAGAGUCCUGCGGCCGCUGCUAUUGGUCAACGUCACGGAGGGACGGCAGCUCCGCAGAGCGUUCAGGAGCAUCCGGAACGCUCUGCCUCAGAUCUUCUACGUCUUCCUGCUCUUCAUGUUCAGCGUCCUCAUCUUCUCCCUCAUGGCUCUGAAGCUUCUGGGCAAACGAGGUCUGAAGACCAACGACGGAGCUCCGUACUUCACCAACUACCUGGAGAUCGUCUUCGACCUGUACGUCCUCGUCACCACGGCCAACAGCCCCGACGUCAUGAUGCCGGCGUACAACUCCAGCUCCUUCUUCGCCAUCUUCUUCAUCGUGUACAUCCUCGUCAACACCUACAUCUUCAUGUCCGUCUUCUUGGCCGUCGUCUACAACAACUACAAAAAAUACCUGAAGGAGGAGGUACGGCAGCUGGUGAGGGCCAAGCGGCACAAGAUGGUGCGAGCAUUCGCCGUCCUGCAGGAGCGGAGGGAGGAGGCGGGCGGGCAGGUGGUGACCCAGGCCAACUGGAACCAGGUGGUCCGACUGGUCCGGUCCGACAUCAGCAACGCCCACAGAGAGCUGCUGUGGAGCGUCUCUGACGACAAGAACCAGGGGUUCAUCGGUAAAGUGGCGUUCGUCCAGCUGGCCGACCUCCUGAACAUCGAGGUGAUCACGCUCAAGUCGAGACCGCACCCACUUCACCGCCUGUGCCCCGCCCUCUACCAGUCGGCCCCCAGCCGCCUGCUCUGCCGAAUGGUCCAACACCGGGCCUUUGUGAUCGUGUACGACCUCAUCAUCCUGGUGAACGCCGUCUUCAUCGGCCUGGACGAGGAGAACCCAAUGAUCGCCAACUCGGAGUGGGUUUUUCUGGCUCUCUACCUGCUGGAGAUCCUGCUGAAGCUCUACGUGUUCGAGCCCAGAGCGUUCUUCUCCAGACACAGCUUCUGGAACUGGUUUGACACCAUCAUUGUUAUCUCUGCUCUCAUCGCCACGAUCGUCAACUCGGCCAUGAAGUCAUCGGGAGGUUACACCAGUCGGCAGAUCCUGGACAUUGUGUUCAUCCUGCGAGUCCUCCGACUGAUCCGGGUGGUGGACAGCAUCGAAAGGUUUCGUACAAUCAUCAACACCUUGAUCAGGAUCGGACCGGCGAUCCUCACGUUUGGACAGCUCAUCGUUGUGGUGUACUACGUCUUUGCCAUGGUCGGGAUGGAGCUGUUCAAACACAAGGUGACGUUUUACCGGGACCCCGGCGACCCGGCGAAGGCGUUCUGCGGAAACCCGCUGCUGCAGGGAACGGCCUUCGCACACCUCAACUACUGCAAGAACAACUUCAACAACGUGGUCUCCUCCUUCAUCCUGCUGGUGGAGCUCACCGUGGUCAACCAGUGGCACGUGCUCAGCAGCGGCUUCGCCACCGUCACUCACAUGUCAGCCAGGAUCUUCUUCGUCAUCUUCCACGUCCUGGUCGUCAUCGUCAUCAUCAACAUCUUCGUGGCGUUCGUCCUCGAGGCGUUCUUCGUGGAGUACUCGGUGGAUAAGAGCGACCUGCAGACGUCUCUGGAGAAGAAGAUCGAGGAGCUGGAGCUGGCCGUGGAGCGGGAGAAGCUGCAGGAAAACCUGGUGGACGCCAUGGAAACCGUCGACAAUGACCUGGGAACCGGCCAAUCGCAGACGGCGAACAAACCGACCCUGAUGUUUAAAAUUGCUUCAAAAAGAUAUCGGACGGUGGACGCCUUGUUGCAGCGGAUGUUCGAGGCCGAUCUCGACUCCGAGGACUUCGCCGAGGGCUCCGACCCCGACGCUCCGACCGACGGGAACUUUGCCAACCCGUCGUUCGGCUCGGCGUAGAAACGAUAAUGUUCAAAUGUAAAAUGAACGGGAACCAGAUCCGGAUGUUCAGUCGUUAUAUUUUUUAUAUUACUGUCUUGUAGCUUCUCUGGAGAGACGCAAAAAAGAAAUUUGUAUUUUUCUCAUAAAGACGAUUUACACUUGAA